UGGUUUGUGUGUGUCGUUGGUCGGCAGCUCUUCCUCCUGGAGGAGAUGCGGGAGAGGAAGUUCAACGGCUACGCCCGCGUCAUCCAGAAGGCGUGGCGAAAGCACAUCGCCGUCCGCAAGAACGUCAAGAUGAGGGAGGAAGCCUCGGACGUCCUCCUGAACAAGAAGGAGCGCAGGAGGAACAGCCUGAACCGGAACUUCGUGGGCGACUACAUCGGCCUGGACAACCACCCCGAGGUGCGGCAGUUCGUGGGGCGCCGCGAGAGGAUCGACUUCGCCGACGCGGUGGUGAAGUACGACCGCCGCUUCAGGACGGUGAAGCGCGACCUCAUCCUGACCCCCAAGUUCCUGUACCUGGUGGGCAAAGAGAAGGUGAAGCAGGGCCCGGAGAAGGGUCAGAUCCAGGAGGUCCUGAAGAGGAAGAUCGAGCUGGAGAAGAUCCAGUCGCUGUCCCUCAGCACGAUGCAGGACGACUUCUUCAUCGUCCACGAGGAGCAGUACGACAGCGUGCUGGAGAGCAACUUCAAGACGGAGUUCAUCAGCCUGCUGGUGAAACGCUACGAGGAGAACGGCCAGAGGAAGCUCCCGCUCAAGUUCAACAACAUGCUGGAGUUCAAGGUGAAGAAGGGGGGCUGGGGUCCGUUCGGGGGGGCGGGCUCCAGGCAGGUCCACUUCCAGGUCGGGGGGGGCGACGAGGUGGUCCUGAAGCCCAGCGGGAAGGUCCUGAGCGUCAGCAUCGGGCCCGGGCUGCCCAAGAGCUCCAGGCCAACUCGACGGGACAACCGCAAGAGCCGUUACCUCGGCAACCAGACCCCCGCCGCCAGACAGCACCCAGCAGACUCCAGGUCGGCGCCCCAGUCCGGGCGGGGCGGGGGCCGGGGCCAGAGAGGGUCCCUGAUGCGGCAGCAGUCCUCCAUGGAGCAGCCCACCCUGCCACGCCUGCAGGGGGGGCAGCGGAGCGCCCAGCGGGCCCCCCGCCAGCAGGACCCCCGCCAGCAGGACAUGGGCUUCAUGGGCGUCCCCGACCAGGGCGUGGCCGGGCUGGAGCGUAGGCGGUCUAAGGAGGUGAAGCCCCUCCCCGGGUCGGGGCGACCAAAGCCCGCCCCCAAGCCGCGCCCUCGCACGCCCCACUGCAAGGCGCUGUACGCCUACGACGCCCAGGACACGGACGAGCUCAGCUUCAACGCCGACGACGUCAUCGAGAUCCUCACCGAAGACGUGUCCGGCUGGUGGUUUGGUCGUCUGAGGGGGAAAGAAGGCAUGUUUCCUGGUAACUACGUGGAGAAGAUUUAGGGUGCGGUGCCCCCAUCCCCCAUCACCCCAGCGGCCUUCCUCCAGGGGUCAAAGGUCGACGACACAGCCCCCGCUGUUAAAGAGCAAGCAAUAUUAUUUUAUCCCGAUAAGGAUCCACUUUUCAAAUGAGUUAAGAGCGAGACGGUGGAAUUGUUUACCAGUAUUUUGCCAAAGUUGUGUCCAACUAUGAUUAGUUUACAGAAUAUACGAUGAGCUAUGAUGACAAUGAUAACACAAGGUAAGAUUUGUGCCUUCAGGUAUAAUAUUGAUUGAUGCUAAUUUGUUGUGCGUUUUGAAUAGUAAUAUCACGGAUUCACUGCCGAUGCACUCGCCAUAAUCACAAGAAUAUUGUACAUACACAAAAAACAUUCAUGCAAUACUACACUGUGUCAUGGACUUUAAAGAUAAUCAAAUGGCAUGUUAACUUUUUUAAAUCUAGUUUUUGUUUUAUGUCUUGAACACAAACCAGUUCCAUGAGGAGAGGGGACUUUCAACACACUUGAAAUGAACAAUAAACGCUCCGAUUGUCAAUGCA